GUCUGCAGAGACAUGGAUAUUUUCAUGGAUUUCAGUGUGACCAGUAACAUCAGCCGUGAAACAGGACAAGAAGGCAGUAAAAGCUACGGACUCAACCGCAGCGACCCCCUGGACAGUUUCGUGGGCAUGGAGCUUCUUCUGCGUUUCAAACCCCUCUUCUUACCUCUCUACUGCCUUGUAGUGGUCGUGGCCGGGGUGGGAAACUCCAUCCUGUUGGCUUGCAUCCUGGCUGACAAGAAACUCCACAAUGCAACAAACAUUUUCAUCGGAAACUUGGCAGCAGGCGACCUGCUGAUGUGUUUAAGCUGCGUUCCCCUGACUGUGUCUUACGCCUUCGACAGCCAUGGCUGGGCCUUUGGGAGGCCCCUGUGCCACCUGGUCCCCUUAUUGCAAUGUGCCACGGUGUUCGCCUCAGUGCUUUCACUCACUGCCAUCGCGGUGGACCGCUAUGUUGUUGUAGCUCACCCGGUUCGGAAGAGGAUUUCUGUGUGGGGCUGUGGUGCAGUGACUCUGGGUGUAUGGCUCUUAUCUCUGGCUCUGGCCGCCCCUCCCUCUAUCUAUACUCGCUAUGUGGACCUGCGGCCCAGUGGUAUCGACUUGGUGGUGUGUGAAGAAUUCUGGCCUAAUAGUGGCAAUCUGCGGCUGCUUUAUUCCUGCUUCAUCCUCAUAGCCUCCUAUAUGAUCCCCCUGCUGUCCGUCAGCAUGUCCUACUGUGCCAUCACUGUCAGCCUUAAGCGCUAUUCAAUACCCGGGGAGCCAUCCAGCAGUCAGCAGCGCUGGAGCCAAAGGAGGAAGAAGACCUUCUAUCUUCUGGUAGCCUCAGUUCUGGCCUUCGCCCUGUGUUGGCUCCCACUGCAGGUCCUGAACCUGUUGCUGGACCUGGACCCGAACUUCCACUUCAUAGGGAAGCGCUACAUAAACGUCUUACAGGUCUGCUGCCAUUUAGUAGCUAUGAGCUCUGCGUGCUACAACCCGUUCAUCUACGCUUCACUGCACAGCAAGGUCCGCUUGCACCUGAAAGGCUACCUCUGUCCAUGCCGCAAGCGUCAGAGCGCCGUGGUGGAGAGGGCGACAUCAAGGAGCUGA